CACCAGAGCCGCAAAAACACCCUACACAAGGGAACAACACUAGCGAGAGCUAUAGAGAGAGAAAAGAGACCCAGUGCAGCAUGGAGCACCAGAAGGGACAGUACGGCCACGGCACCACCGGCCGCGUCGACGAGUACGGCAACGUGGUUGCUGGACACGGCACCGGAACCGGGACCGGCGGUAUGGGCAUGAGAGCACACGGUGGUGCCGGUACCGGCGCCGGCACGGGCGGGCAGUUCCAGCCCGCCAGGGAGCAGCACAAAACAGGCGGCAUCCUGCACCGCUCCCGCAGCUCCAGUUCCAGCUCGUCUGAGGAUGACGGCAUGGGUGGCCGGAGGAAGAAGGGCAUCAAGGAGAAGAUCAAGGAGAAGCUCCCCGGCGGCCAAAAGGACGAGCAGCAGGGGCACGCCGGCAUGACCGGCGGCGCCUGCGGGCAACAGGGGCACACCGGAAUGACUGGCACCGGCACCGGAGCUGAGGGCACCGGCGAGAAGAAGGGCAUCAUGGACAAGAUAAAGGAGAAGCUCCCCGGGCAGCACUGAGCGGGCGUAGCACCGCGUACAUGCGACAAGUCGUGCUACACGGCACGACGUUCCUAGAACACAAUAAGAUGAGCCAAAAAAUAAAGUAUCCUUGGUCACGCCCGCACGUGCGAGACGUAGCUUUCCACUUGUGUCUGUAGUCGCUGUUGUGAGGUCCCCACUUGUGUGCAAUGCGAGUGUGAUGGAUGCAAGUUAGUGUGUACUGUGUAUACUGCUUUGUUUUUUGAAAUAUAUAUACACGUGUCUAUCUUUUUUUA